AUGGAGAGUCCAGACCGAAUAGUAAAAGCAUCUGCUUCAGUGGAAGAACAUGAGAGUCCAUACAUGAGCAAAACCUGCUCCAUGUCCGAGGAGCUCCUCAUGGAAGACCAGCUGAGGAGAAAGCUCAAAUUCUUUUUCAUGAACCCAUGUGAAAAAUUUCGUGCCCGAGGCCGCAAGCCAUGGAAGCUAUGUAUUCAGAUAUUAAAAAUAGGACUGGUAACAAUUCAGCUGGUGCUGUUUGGACUCAGCAAUCAGUUGGUCGUCACCUUCAAGGAGGAGAACACAGUAGCGUUCAAGCAUUUGUUUCUGAAAGAUUACAAGGAUGCCAGAGAUGACACCUAUGCAGUCUAUCGGCAGGAAGAUGUUUAUAAUCACAUCACUUUCACUAUUAAUAGAUACCUGGAGCUCAGAAAUAUCUCUGUUGGUAAUCAUGCCUAUGAUAGAGGAGAGGAUGGAAGACAUGGAAUGACUGUCUGCCAGUAUUUCUAUAAGCAGGGCAGCAUUUUCCCUGGAAAUGAAACCUUUGAUAUUGACCCUAAGAUCGAGAAAGAGUGUUUUUUUGUGGAGCCAAUGACCCCGAUAAAUGAUCUCAAUCUUCAUGAGAACUUCUGGAACCUGACGCUAGACUUUUAUCGACUUGUAACAGUGGAGAUCACGUUUAAGCUGAAAGCUAUCAACUUGCAGACUAUCCGUCACCAUGAGCUGCCGGACUGCUACGACUUUACAGUGACAAUAACGUUUGACAACAAAGCACAUAGUGGACGGAUUAAAGUAAUUUUGGAUAACGAUGUUGGCAUCCAGGAAUGCAGAGAUUGGCAUGUGUCUGGAUCCAUCCAGAAGAAUACACAUUACAUGAUGAUAUUUGAUGCUAUUAUCAUCUUCACCUGUAUUUCUUCCAUAACCCUCUGCAUACGUUCCGUGGUUAAGGGAAUUCAUCUUCAAAGAGAAUAUGUAAUGUACGUCCAACAACGAUUCUCAAAGGCUGUGCCCUGGUCAGAUCAAAUGGAGUUUGUUAAUGGCUGGUACAUCCUGAUUAUUGUGAGUGAUAUUUUAUCCAUCGUAGGUUCCAUUCUGAAGAUGGAGAUCCAGGCUAAGAGCCUGACCAGUUAUGAUGUGUGCAGUAUUCUUCUGGGGACAUCUACCAUGCUAGUAUGGCUGGGAGUCAUCCGGUAUUUAGGAUUCUUUCAGAAAUACAAUAUCUUGAUUCUUACUCUGAGAGCCGCCCUUCCAAACGUGAUGCGCUUUUGCUGUUGCGCAGCCAUGAUCUACUUAGGCUACUGCUUCUGUGGCUGGAUUGUUUUGGGACCUUAUCACACCAAGUUCCGGUCUCUGGACAUGGUGUCCGAGUGUCUGUUCUCCCUUAUAAAUGGCGAUGACAUGUUCACUACAUUUUCCAUCAUGCAACAGAAGAGCUACUUGGUGUGGCUGUUCAGCCGUGUCUAUCUGUAUUCCUUCAUCAGCCUCUUCAUCUAUAUGGUUCUCAGUCUUUUCAUCGCUCUAAUUACUGACACUUAUGAUACAAUUAAGAAUUACCAGAAAGAAGGUUUUCCAGAGUCUGAACUUCACAUCUUUAUCUCAGAAUGUAAAGACUUGCCGACAUCAGGCCGGUACAGGGAAGACAAGGAAAUGGCUGUAUCCCUUCUGUGCUGCUGUCAACGG